AUGUCUAUUCAACCUCUGAUCAAAAAAGCAAGCACAGAAGAAGAUGAAGAGUCUAGUAAUAGUAAUCAAGAGGAAUCAUUCACUGUGGGGAUGAUAAAUAAUCAUCGAGAUAGACAUGGUUAUGACUAUCCAAGAUCAAGCAAUAUCACCCAAGUUGAUCAACAAUAUAAUCAUUAUGCCAUCUUACGGGGUAGCAAAGGCAAGCAUGAUACAAGUCAAGGAAAGCAAUUAGAAGACAAGCAAGGUGAUCCUGAUAACAGUGAUGAGGAAUUAUACAAUAUUCUACCUUCAAACAUAUUACUUGAGUUAAAAAAUUUUAUCAUGUUUUUUGAACAGCAGAUGAGUAGUGAUUUUAAUGCUGAUAACCUGAAG